GGUGCUCGUUUACUCUCGUUUACUCUCUCUCCUCUCGCUCCCACAUACAGUUACACACUCAUUUCACACGUACACACACACACGCACACACACACACUCCAGAGUGAGACUGUGAUUCUCUCAGGAAGCAGAACAGACUUGCGAGGCCAGUCGGCACAGAAAAGGAAAAGCAGCCAUAGGGUGUCACCACAGUCAUAGAAGAUGGUGUUGAAGCCAAAGUGAAGCCAUGGAUCGCCACAAUGUUCAAUAUCCACCAAUGUUCAGACAUUUCAACAGCCAAACAUAGUGCUGAUUUGCUACUCUCAGUAGCAGUGUUUGUAAAGAGACAAAUGUUGUUCAACCAACGUCUUGGAAGAGUUUUUUUGAUGAAUGUUGUUGAGAGUGGGAAUGCUGAUCUGGUCAAGUCACAGGGGAGUUGAAAGCUAACAGUGGGGUUCAGGCGCAGCAAGAACAGCAGUCAAGUUAAAUAAAAUAGAGGAAAUAUUAGGAGAGAGGGGAUCACACAUGGCCAAGGCACAUUUGACCAUGGAGACAUUAAGAUAAGAUUGUAUGCUCCUUAAUAAAUAAAAUGUUCUGAGCAAGCAUAUUUAAUAUUUAACAUUAUCAAUUAAGCUACAUCUUCUAAUUAUUUAUUCUUUGCAAAAAGUGGGGCCUCUCAUCAAGUUUAAAAGUGAAGAAAGCUGAACAAUGGAUCACAUUCAACACCAGCGAUGAUGUCAUCAGCUUGUCUCCAGUGAAGCACCAGCAAUAAUGUUGUCAAGCGUGAUGCUGGGUAUCCUCCUGUCCCUCCUCACCCUCUUGACUGUUGGCGGUAAUGUGCUGGUGUGCCUGGCUGUGUGCGCCUCUCGUCGCCUCCGCUGCCUCACUAACUGCUUCAUUGUGUCGCUGGCUGUAACAGAUUUGCUGCUCGGCCUCUUGGUCCUCCCUUUCUCUGCCAUGCUCCAGCUAAAUGAAGAGUGGCCGCUUGGCCCAGUCUUCUGCAACUUCUACAUCUCCAUGGACGUCAUGCUGUGCACCGCCUCCAUCCUCACACUCCUGGCUAUCAGUGUGGACCGAUACCUGGCAGUGACCAUGCCUCUGAGAUAUGCCUCACUGGUGUUGCCAUGGAGAGUUGCUGUGGCCAUGGUCAGUGUUUGGACAGUGUCUGUAGCUGUAUCUUUUUUGCCUAUCCAAAUGGGGUGGAACACUGUUAAUGGAACGGUGCAGAACCAAGGGCCUUGGGCUCCAGAGAGGAGAUGUCGUUUUGAGCUCAACAGACCCUACGUACUGACCGACUCUCUACUUACUUUCUACUUGCCUCUGACGGCUAUGUGUUGGACCUACCUCCAAAUACUUCGAAUUGCCCGGGCACAAGCCAAGCGCAUUAUCAGUGCCCGACCUACUUGUAUUACUAGCUACAACUGCAGAAACAAUCCUUCCACCAGUACCACUGUGGUUUCCACUGUUACAGCUGUGGCUCUGCGGGAGCAUAAAGCCACAGUGACAUUGGCAGCAGUGAUAGGGGCUUUUGUGGUGUGCUGGCUGCCGUAUUUCAUCCUGUUCACAGUGUUGGGCCUGAAGGAGCAUCCAGACCCUAGCACAGUACCAGCAUUCCCCAUUGUGCUGUGGCUGGGUUAUGCCAACUCAGCCCUCAACCCUAUCCUCUAUGGAGCCCUCAACAGGGACUUCAGGUCAGCCUACACACAUCUACUGAGAUGUCGAUGCCCUACUUACAGUGGGUGGAGGAGCCGUCAGCCCUCUCUAACUGUAGCAACAGCCAGAGACGAGCUUACAGAGGUGACAUUGCUGUGUGGCCACACCCCUUCCACCUGCAGGGCAGGUCAAGCAGAUCAAAACUUCAUGCUUCAAGAAAUGGACAGCAGUACAGUUUCAGCUACUAUCCAAUUUGCAAAUGGCACUGCUGCCACAGAUGUCAAUGGCAAUGAGCGGUCGUGCUGAGCCUGUGCUGGUGGGGUGGAUGUUGUGUUCACUAUACUGUGGUUGCAACCAAGACCCAGAGUCCAACAAUCUAAGAAGUCAGAGCAACAGACAGACAAAAAGACACACAGAGAUUUACAGCCCCUCUAUUUGGAAGCCUUCAGUGCCACAGUAGAAGCACCCAUAAUACACCACCAAUCACUCUAUCUGUAAUCUAACAAACAAAAACGGGAGAACGUGGGACCUAAGCAACUCCAACCCUCAUCAGCAAGCACCAACUGUACACACACAGCCAGCCACCAUCCAUCCUGCAUCGAACAAAUGAUGAUGCUUCCACGUCGAUGGAGCUAAAAGUCCAGUAGACUAACAAAAUCUUUCCACCACAGCCAACCAUAAAACAGGGCAACACAUGGCCCUGAUUAUGCCCUUGAACUAACUGUGGAUAGCAUCAACGCUCUGGAGGACAAAAUGAGACCAGCCGAUUAACUUGUUGGUCGUCCAAUUCAUGAACCACAUUUUUUUGAUGACUCAAGAGUGCACUCCAGUGGAAACACAAGGUAUCACAACUUCAACCCGGGCACGGCAAAAUGGAUGUUGCACAGAAUCAUUGAAUGGAAGGGAAAAGUGAUACAUGGACUUUUAUUACACUCAUCAUUACAUGUAAUGUGUUCACAUGAGUGACAUUUGAAUGUAUAGCAUGUAAACUAAUUGUGUCUAUUUUUUAAAAUGCAGCCACCUCCAGACUUUAUCUUUACCGUUGUUCAUUCGGUGGUUUAAAGCUGGAAACUGUAUUUAUUGUAUCCUACUGUAAAAGAAACUGAGGACUGAAAAAUACAUGUACUGCUCCUCCAAAACAGAAAAUUGCAACCAUACUGUACUAAUAAAGAGCAGUUUAAAUAAAGAAUACAAUACACUAUACACCACCAUUUUGAAGGCAGUACAAAUGGG